GAGGCUGUUGUCGCGCGCCUCGCCGGUGGAGGGUUACGAUCUGCAGUUCUGACCAGGAUUAGAAACACUCGCAUUAACCCGGCAUUUUAUGCGGGCUUCUAUAAACAGCCGGCGGCGCAUGACAGCGAUUUAAAAGCAGGACUGAAGAGUCCUACUUGAAGUGGCCCUUCUGUAAGAAGCUGCCAGCAGGGGGCACCUACACCUGACAUCCUACCCCACAAAAGAAAUAAAGGAGAAGAUACAGUGACCUUAGGACUUGGUUUUUUUCUCCCAGCUCAGCUAAGGGUAACAGAGACGAGGAUGAAGCUGAAGGAGGACAUAAACCCCCUGCUGCUGCAGGUCUUCCACUCUGUCGUGUGGGUCUACUCCGUCAUCACCUUCUUGCCCUGGUACCUGCUGUCAGGCACAGGAGCUAAGCAGGAGCGGGCCCGGCGGGUCCGGGCACUGCCUGUGAGCGGGCAUCCGGGCGGUCCGUACCGCACGCCAGGCAGCCUGCAGCGCCUGACCACAGGACUGAACCCCGGCCGCGACACGCUGGACACGGUGUUUGAGCACUCCAUGCAGCGCUUCCCCAACCGAGACUUCCUAGGCACCCGGGACAUCCUCAGCGAGGAGGACGAGCUGCAGCCUAACGGCAAGGUCUUCAAGAAGGUGAUCCUGGGUAACUACAUAUGGCUGACCUUUACAGAGGUUUUCGAGGCCGCGGCCCAGUUUGGCAGAGGCCUGGCGGCUCUUGGCCAGAAGCCCCAGAAAAACAUCGCCAUCUUCUGUGAAACGCGGGCAGAAUGGUUCAUUGCCGCACAAGCCUGCUUCAUGCACAACUUCCCUUUGGUCACCUUGUAUUCCACCCUGGGGGGUCCAGCCAUCGCUCAUGGGCUCAACGAGACGGAGGUCACCCACAUCAUCACCAGCAGAGAUCUGCUUCAAGCUCGACUCAUGGCCAUCCUGCCAGAGGUUCCCAGACUCGAGCAGAUCAUUGUCGUGGACAGCAAACCCAGCGCCUGGCCCCGCCUUCCUGAGGGUGUACGUGUUCACAGCAUGGCCUCUGUGCAGGAGCUGGGAGCCAGACCCGAGAACAGGGUCAAAAUGCCCAGCCGGCCGGGGCCCUCAGACAUCGCCGUCAUCAUGUACACCAGCGGAUCCACAGGCAUCCCUAAGGGCGUGAUGAUCUCCCACAGCAACCUCAUCGCCGGCAUCACAGGCAUGACCGAGCGGAUCCCCGAUCUCAGUGAGAAAGACACCUAUAUCGGCUACCUGCCCCUGGCCCACGUGCUGGAGCUGAGCGCCGAGAUGGUCUGCAUGUUGCACGGCUGUCGCAUUGGCUACUCCUCCCCGCAGACGCUUGCCGACCAGUCGACAAAAAUCAAGAGAGGCAGUAAAGGCGACACGAGCGUGCUGCACCCCACACUGAUGGUCGCCGUCCCGGAGAUCAUGGACCGCAUCUACAAAAAUGUGAUGACCAAGGUGGAGGAAAUGAGUGGGAUUCAGCGCUCACUCUUCAUUCUGGCCUACAACUACAAGAUGGAGCAGAUCUCCAAGGGAUAUAGCACGCCUCUGUGCGAUAGGUUGGUCUUCAGGAAGGUGCGCGCCCUCUUGGGAGGGAAGAUCCGGGUUCUGCUCUCGGGUGGUGCCCCGCUGUCACCAGCCACCCAGCGCUUCAUGAACAUCUGCUUCUGCUGCCACGUGGGACAGGGCUACGGGCUGACGGAGACCUGCGGUGCCGGCACCAUCACCGACGUGUGGGACUACAGUACCGGACGAGUCGGUGCUCCACUGAUUUGCUCCGAAAUCACUCUGAAGGACUGGGAUGAGGCCGGGUACCACAGCACAAACAAGCCCAACCCCAGAGGGGAGAUCCUGAUUGGCGGUCCCAAUGUAACAAUGGGCUAUUACAAGAGCGAUUCCAAGAACCAGGAGGACUUCUUUGUGGAUGAGAAUGGGCAGCGCUGGUUCUGCACCGGGGACAUUGGCGAGUUCCACCCUGAUGGCUGCCUGAAGAUCAUUGAUCGAAAGAAGGACCUGGUGAAGCUGCAGGCUGGGGAGUAUGUUCCUCUGGGCAAGGUGGAGGCUGUGCUGAAGAACUCUCCCUUGAUAGACAACAUAUGUGCUUAUGCCAACAGUGACCAGACUUAUGUAAUUGGCUUUGUGGUGCCCAAUCAGAAGCAGCUGAUAUCCCUGGCAGAAGAGAAGGGCAUUGUGGGAUCCUGGGAAGAGAUUUGCAACAGCUCUGAGAUGGAGAAGGAGGUGCUGCAGGUGAUGAUGGAUGCCGCGGUUGUAGGCAAGCUGGAGAGGUUUGAGGUUCCGCUGAAGAUUCGUCUCAGUUCUGAGCCCUGGACUCCUGAGACAGGCCUGGUCACAGACGCCUUCAAGUUGAAGCGCAAGGAGCUGAAGACUCAUUACCAGGAAGACAUCGAGCGGAUGUAUGGUGGGAAGUAGAGGGGGGGGGGCGGCUCCCUCCUCUCUCUCUCCGCUACGACCACAUCCCAUCAGAUGGGCCAAUACUUGAAUUUACUCUGCACAUGCAAGACCAAGAACAGCAGGAAGUGGCAUCUUCAGUGGGACGGCAGCAGAGAGCCCCUGUAAGAUUUUGUGAGACUUGGCAGACUUGAAGAAGGGGCAUGUUCAUGAGACGUGGUCUGGGGUACCGUAACCGUUCAGCCCUCUCCGUGGAGACCAGAAUCCUCCACAGAUGAGAUGGGGUCAGAUUGGCAUCUCCAAUACCUAUAUAUAUAUAUAUAUAUAUACACACACACACACACACACAGUGGUACCUCAGAACUCAAAUU